UCUUUAAGUGUCCGGCUGUGUGUGUGCGGAUCAGUAUGAGCUGAGGAACAGAUGGAGACAAAAGUGGAUGAACUUGAAGGAAAGGACACUGUGUUCAGUCAGGAAAACCCAGUGUAUGAUAGCAACAUGAAGCUUUAUCAGCCUGACCGUUACCACUUCCAGCACAGUGAGGUGAGAUGUGACAAAUCAGCCGGUCGACAGCGAUGUGUUCCUGUGGUCAUUCUCGUCUUACUGCUCCUCUUAGCAUUCAACUGUGUGCUGGCUUAUAAAGUUUUCACUCUGGAGUCUUGGGUUCAUACUCACUGUACAUCAGCUGAUCACAUGAACACUGAGAGAAGAAUCUUUGAUGAAGGACUGAGCACGUCCAAUUCUGAUAAGCAGUGUCUGUCUGAUCUGUGUGGAGAGGACGGGACUCUACACAAAUUACAGAAUCAACUCGAUCACUUCAAUCUCACUGCACAAAGACCCAUAAUUUGUCCUCCUGGUGUACGUGGUAUUCCUGGACAACCCGGUUUGCAAGGGAUACCAGGACCAAAGGGAGACAUUGGCUCACCAGGGCACACAGGUGAGCCUGGAACUCCAGGUGAGAAAGGAGAGCAAGGCGAGGCGGGUGCGGUGGGUCAAAGUGUGGCAGUUGGCAUCCCGGGUAUUCCUGGUCCUCCAGGUUACAACGGAAGUCAAGGAGAGCCAGGAGCACCAGGUGCUGACGGUCGUCCGGGUUCUGAUGGAAGGAACGGGUUCCCGGGACUUCAAGGGAUUCCUGGACACCCUGGUCCUAAAGGAGAUGUCGGGUCUCGGGGUGAGCUUGGGGAAAAGGGACCUCCUGGAGCUAGAGGGCCUCCGGGGGAAAUGGGAGCAAAAGGAUUUCAAGGACUACCAGGACAAAAAGGUUCUCCUGGACCAAAGGGAGACACCGGCACUGGCAGACCGGGUAUUCAAGGACUUCCGGGCCCGAAGGGAGAUGCAGGCUUUCCAGGUCAGAAGGGUCAGAAGGGUGAUGCAGUUGCUGACAACAGAGCAGCUGUGGUGCGUUUAAUUGGAUCACCCACUCGUGGAAGACUGGAGGUGUCGCAUCAGGGUGUCUGGGGAACGGUGUGUGAUGAUCACUUUGACAGCGUGGAUGCGACGGUGGCGUGUAAGAUGCUGGGCUUCCAGAGGUCAAAUCAGGUGUUCACAGCCAGCGGAGGAAGUGGAAGGAUCUGGCUGGAUGAGUUGAAAUGUAUCGGUCAGGAGAAGAGCAUCUUUGACUGUCCACACACCGGAAUAGGAGUCAAUAACUGUAAUCACAACGAGGAUGUGGGUAUAAGUUGUGCUUGAGUCAAGAAAAUAACGCUUCUGUGACUGAAAAAAAGACAUUGGGUGUUAGACAUCUGGCAACCAAUAUGUGUUCUGACUAACAGAUCAAUAUCUUUUGCAUUUUUUUUAAGAAAUAUUAUUCAUCUGAUGGCAUUCGUUUGGUUAAGGUGUAUAGAAUGUUCACUGUAGAUCCAACUUUCUAUUCUGUACUGUUCACAUAAACAAUACAUUUAUAAUAAAGACUUUUCGAUCUGA